UUCUACAGACACUGUGAUCCUUACCUUGAAUACACGGAGCGGUAUUGUAAAUUGAAUCAAUAAUUACAUAAAUUAUUUAUAAUAACGUGCAAUUGUGAAUGUUUUUCAGUGCCUUUUUGUGAUUUUAUAUUAAAUAUUUGUACUUUAGUACAAAUCGGUAUUUCUGCAUGAGGCAGGGGGGUUUUUCAGCAUUGUGUUAAUUAGGUAAAUGGACGCAGGUCUUAAAAAGGCUAGGAAACCAAAUCCAAGAGAAAAUGCCUUUCCAUUAUCAGCUGCUACUUUCUGGUACACGCUGCCGACAUUCAUACAAGGCUUCAGGCGUGACCUAGAAGAGUCUGACUUGACUGAAACUCUGACGGAGCAUCAGUCAAGUAUAUUGGGCAACAAAAUGGAAAAAUAUUGGAAACUGGAAGAAGAAAGGGCCGCAAGGGUCAAGAAAACGCCUUCGUUGCAUAGGGUUUUAUUCAAAGUGUUCGGCGUGGAGUUCAUGCUGUAUGGCUUGGUACUAGCCAUAAGCGAAGCCAUAAGGUUAAAUCAACCUCUACUUCUUGGAAAUUUAGUCAGUUAUUUUGCCCCCGACCGAAGCAUUUUACAUGUUAAUAGUCCAAACGUCGUUCUUGAUGGAAAUAAAACCCUCAACGAAAGCAAGCAGAUAGUACAACCAAUAUUUUUGGGUCAACUGUUAAAUUAUUAUACACCAGGCCAGGCAACUAUUUCACAAAACGAGGCGUACUUAUAUGCUGGCGGUGUGGUAUUAUGUUCCUUAAUAAAUAUAUUGACAUCUCACCCCUACAUGAUGGGUGUUUUACACAUGGGCAUGAAAGUAAGGGUGGCGUGUUGCUCGCUCAUUUACAGAAAGGCUUUGAAGCUGAGUAAAACUGCGUUAGGUGAAACAACCGCUGGACAAGUUGUGAACUUGUUAUCCAAUGAUGUGAACAGAUUUGAUGUGGCGGUCAUUUUUGCCCAUAAUUUGUGGGUCGGACCUUUGGAGACUGUGGUUUGUACUUACCUGAUGUAUCUGGAAGUAGGUGUGUCGGCUGUUAUUGGAGUGUUGCUGUUAAUUAUGUUUAUACCUAUGCAAAUAUAUUUGGGAAAGAAAAUAUCGGUGUUCAGGCUAAGAACUGCCUUAAGAACCGACGAAAGGGUGAGAUUGAUGAACGAAAUUAUAUCCGGAAUUCAAGUAAUAAAAAUGUACGCUUGGGAAAAGCCGUUUGCUCACUUAGUGGCACUUGCCAGGAGAUUUGAGAUCAAGUCAAUUAGGAUAACAUCAUACAUGCGAGGUGUGAUUCUGUCAUUCAUAAUGUACAGUACUCGGAUGUCAAUUUUUGCUACAAUCCUCGCUUACGUACUUUUGGAAAAUGACAUUACCGCUAAAAAAGUGUUCGUACUAACGUCCUUCUACAACAUCCUGAGACAAACGAUGACCGUAUUUUUCCCCAAUGGAAUAUCCCAAGUGGCGGAAGCCAACGUAUCCAUAAAUCGUCUCAACAAAUUUCUGGUGUAUGAUGAAACUGAAAUUGCGAAGGGCAUAAGACGUGCAGAAAUUGCGCUGAAGGCUAACGGUAUUAAAAAAGUUAAUGGUGAUCUGAAAACGUCUUCAGAAGAAGAAUCAAGCGCGGAAAGUAAAGGUAUCUUCAUGACAAAUGCCACAGCCAAAUGGACUGAAGCGUCCACGGAUAACACUUUCACCAACAUCACAUUGCAAGCUACACCAGGAAAAUUGUUGGCUAUUAUAGGACCUGUCGGGAGCGGUAAAACAUCCCUUCUUCAUUCCAUGCUGCAAGAACUGCCACUCAGCAGUGGCAGCCUGAAAAUUAACGGUGAAAUUAGCUACGCGUCUCAAGAACCCUGGCUUUUUGCCGGGUCGGUUCGUCAAAAUAUCCUGUUUGGCCUACCAAUGGAUAAAGACCGAUAUAAAACAGUAGUGAAGAAAUGUGCCUUACAACGUGAUUUCUCUUUAUUGCCUUACGGUGAUAAAACCAUUGUUGGUGAUAGAGGUGUUUCCCUUAGUGGUGGACAAAGAGCUAGAAUUAAUUUGGCCAGGGCUGUCUAUAAACAAGCCGACAUUUACCUCUUGGAUGACCCACUGUCUGCUGUAGACACACACGUGGGGAAACAACUGUUCGAUGACUGCAUCAAUGGCUACCUUAGAAAUAAAACCGUCAUUUUGAUUACCCAUCAGCUACAAUAUUUAAAGGACGCAGCCAACAUUGUCCUAAUUGAUGAUGGAAUUCAAAAGGCUUCAGGUACUUACAAGGACCUCCAAGCCAGCGGUCUUGACUUUACCAAUCUGCUCGGCGAACACACAGAAGAAGAUAAAGAAGAAUCCGAAUUAAUAAGACAAGGAUCAAUUCGAAGCGUAGCCUCUUGUGAGAUCGAAGAACCAAAGGAGGUUGAAGAACAGAAAAGUAGUGGAUCUGUUGGUGCCUACGUUUAUCGAGCCUACUUUAAAGCUGGAGGAAAUUGUUGCGCUAUACUCACGUUGUUUAGCUUGUUUAUUAUUGCUCAACUCUUCGGUAGUGCCGCCGAUUAUUUCAUUACCUACUGGGUAAAUAUUGAACAAGAGGACGCUUCUGAAAAACGCAAGCAGGAUUUAUCCUCUAAAAAUAAUUCACUUUCUGCGAAUAACGGAUCAAUAUACAGUUUACUAUUAACCGCUUCUAAUAAUGAUACCUCGACAGACUUCUGGCAUUUUUCGAGGGAAACUUCAAUCUACAUAUACUCAGUUAUUAUCGCACUCUUGGUCACUACUGCUUUAAUCAGAUCCUUUACGUUCUUUUCAAUAUGCAUGCGGGCAUCUACAAAUCUUCAUGAUAAUAUGUUUUCAAGCAUAACGAGAGCAACCAUGAGGUUUUUCAAUACAAAUAACGCCGGAAGAAUUUUGAACAGGUUUUCAAAGGAUAUGGGAUCCAUUGAUGAAUUAUUGCCAGCUGCAAUGAUUGACUGUUUACAAAUUGGUUUGGCUCUACUCGGAAUUAUUAUUGUUGUUGCCAUUGUAAAUCCAUGGUUGAUGAUUCCGACGUGUCUUAUUGGUGUAAUAUUUUAUCUAUUGAGAAUAUUUUAUUUAAGAACCAGUAGAAAUGUUAAAAGAUUGGAGGGAGUCACUCGCAGUCCGGUAUUUUCUCAUCUGAACGCCUCAUUAAACGGAUUAACCACAAUUCGUGCGUUUGGUGCUCAAGAAAUCUUAAUAAAGGAAUUUGACAAUCAUCAAGAUCUACACAGUUCUGCUUGGUUCAGUUUCAUAUCAACAUCAAGAGCCUUUGGCUAUUGGCUGGACCUUGUGUGUAUUAUUUACAUAACACUAGUAACAUUUAGCUUCUUGUUGAUUGGAAAUGAAAAAUUCGGAGGUAAUGUCGGUUUGGCUAUCACCCAAGCCAUUGGUUUAACUGGUAUGUUCCAAUGGGGUAUGCGACAAUCGACUGAAUUAGAAAACCAAAUGACAUCUGUAGAGAGGGUAGUCGAAUACAGCGACAUUGAACACGAAGGUGCCUUAGAAACUCCAAAAGAUGACAAACCACCUGAGACGUGGCCGGAUCAGGGAAAGAUUGAAUUCAAGAACGUGUUCCUCAGAUAUUUCCCCAACGAUCCACCAGUACUCCGCAAUUUAAGUUACACCAUUCUACCAAAAGAGAAAGUUGGUAUUGUUGGUAGAACCGGAGCUGGCAAGUCUUCGUUGAUCAACGCUUUGUUCCAAUUGUCGGACACUGACGGUCAAAUAAUUAUCGACGGUUACGACAUCACCAAGCUUGGACUGCACGACUUGCGUUCUAAAAUUUCGAUUAUCCCACAAGAACCGGUUCUGUUUUCUGGCACAAUGAGAAAGAACUUGGAUCCAUUCGAUGAUUACACAGAUGCUGACUUGUGGAGAGCACUCGAAGACGUGGAACUUAAGGAAGCCGUCGCCGACCUGACAUCUGGCUUAAACUCCAAAAUGUCGGAGGGUGGAUCUAACUUCAGCGUUGGUCAAAGACAACUUGUGUGUUUGGCCAGAGCAAUUCUCCGAAACAACAAAAUACUGGUCCUGGACGAAGCCACUGCCAACGUUGAUCCGCAAACAGACGCCUUAAUUCAGACUACAAUAAGGCAGAAAUUUAAAGACUGCACCGUACUUACUAUAGCUCAUCGUUUAAAUACCGUAAUGGAUUCGGAUAAAGUAUUGGUAAUGGACGCAGGAACGCUGAAGGAGUUUGAUCAUCCGCACGUAUUGCUACAGAAUACAAAUGGUAUUCUUUAUGGAAUGGUUCAACAAACAGGAAAGGGCAUGACAGAGACUUUGACUAAAAUCGCUGAGGAGAGUUACAGGAAAAUGCAACUCGAGAAAAUGUAGAUCUCUCUAGAAUAUUACAAUUUUUAAAAUAUAUUUUUUAUAUUAGGCGAAUUAUACAAAUAAUGUUUUAAUAAUUUAACUAUUUAAUUAUUAUUCCAGUUUUAUAUAACACUGUUUCAUUGUAAAUUCAGGGUUUUAGAAAUGUUACCAAUAACUUUGAAAUAAGUAUUAAAAGUGAACAACAAAAAGCUAUUUUAUAAAUACAUAUUUAAUUGUUAAAUAUGUGUUUUAAUUUAAAUAAUCAUAUUCUCAUAAAAAAUAUAUUCAUGUGUAUAUUCAUUUAUUUUUUGUACAUGUUAUUUACAAUUAAAAAUAUUUGUUAAUAACA